AUGGCGGGUGGCAUUUUCUCCCCACUGGGGAGCUGCUCGGAGCUGGAGAAGGCCAACUGCCACCCGCUGGUGUGCCUGCUCUGCCACGAGCCCUACCAGCACCCCUGCCUGCUGGACUGCUACCACAACUUCUGUGCCAGCUGCCUGCGAGGCCGUGCCAGCGACGGUCGCCUGCGCUGCCCACUCUGCGGGCACCCCUCCGUGGUGAGGGGAGGCACGGGGCUGCCCCCCGUGGACCGGCUGCUGCAGUUCCUGGUGGACAGCUCGGCCGACAGCGAGGAGGACGUGCAGUGUGCCAACUGCGACCGCUGCUGCACCAAGGCGGAGCUGGACACCAUGUACUUCUGCAACACCUGUGGGCAGCCCCUCUGUGCCCCAUGCCGUGAGGAGACUCACCAUGCCAGGAUGUUCACCCGCCACGAGAUCGUCUCCCUCUCCAAGCGCACCAAAGACAUCCACAAGAAGUGCCCACUGCACGAGGAGCCCUACAUCAUGUUCUCCACCGAGAAGAAGUCCAUGCUGUGCAUCAACUGCUUCAGGGACAUGCAGGGGGAGAGCCGGGCACACUGCAUCGACAUCGAGACCGCCUACAUGCAGGGCUGCCAGCGGCUGGACCAGGCAGUGAUGGCUGUGAAGGAGCUGCAGACCUCCACGCGUGAGGCCAUUGUCCUGCUCAAGGCCAUGAUCGAGGAGGUUCGCAACAGUGCCAGCGAGGAGGAGGCGGCCAUCAACUCCCUCUUCAGCCGCAUGCAGGAGCAGCUCUCCGAGAGGAAAAAGACACUCCUGAAAGCUGUGCAGAGCCAGCAUGAGGAAAAGGAGAAGGCAUUCAAGGAACAGCUCGCCCACCUUGCCUGCCUGCUGCCCACUCUGCAGGUCCACCUGGUGACCUGCUCGGCCUUCCUGAGCUCUGCCAACAAAGCCGAGUUCCUGGACCUGGGCUAUCAACUGAUGGAGAGGCUGCAGAGGAUCGUCAAGCUGCCGCACCGCCUGCGGCCAGCCCAGACCAGCAAGAUCAACAGCGAGUACCGGGCAGAGUUUGCCCGCUGCCUGGAGCCCCUCCUGAUGCUCAGCCCCCGCCGCUCCGUGGUGGGCAGCGCUGGUGGCAUUGGACCUGGCAUCACUGGCACAAACAUGCUCCCCGGUGGCCAAUGCUCCAAGACCCUCAUGGUGCCCAGCUGCACCCCCACCAGUGACAAAAUGUCCACGGGCCCCAUGGUGAAGAAGCCAACGAUGCACCGGUACAUCAGCACCAAGGUGCUGCUGGCUGAGGGCCGUGAGACCCCCUUUGCCGAGCACUGCCGCAACUACGAGAACACCUACCGGAUGCUGCAGACGGAGAUCCAGGGCCUGAAGGACCAGGUGCAGGAGCUGCACCGUGACCUCACCAAGCACCACUCCCUCAUCAAGUCGGAGAUCAUGAGUGAGAUCCUGCAGAAGUCGCUGCAGAUGGACGUGCAGAUCGCAGCUCACUACUCCGCCGUGGAGAUGAUGCGCAGCGUCUUUGAGGAGGUUUGGGAGGAGACCUACCAGCGGGUAGCAAACGAGCAGGAGAUCUAUGAAGCCCAGCUCCACGACCUGCUGCAGCUGCGGCAGGAGAACAGCUGCCUGAGCACCAUCACCAAGCAGAUCGCGCCCUACGUCCGCUCCAUCGCCAAAGUGAAGGAGCGGCUGGAGCCCAGGCUGCAGGAGCCCCAGGAGCCCAGAGAAGAACAGGAGCAGAUGCUGCUCAAGAUCUGUGACAACAAUGAAGUGGUGCCAAGGGAUGCCUCACCUGGCAGCAACAAGGGGGCUUCAGCCAGCCCUGGGGAGGGCUUCAUAGCCAGGGACACCCCUGGAGACUCCUCCCCAAAAAACAAAGACUGCUGCAGGGGCCAGCAGAAGAGUGGAGCAGAGACUGCUGCCCUGAAAGAGCCAGCACCAUAGAGCCCAGUGCUGGGCACCUGGCAGAGCUGCUGGGCAGAACCAUGCCCCAGUCACUGACCAGCUCCUCUUGCCCAGUGCCACAAGCCAGGGCAGCAAACAGCCCGGGCAGCCGUGUCUGCAGCACAAACAAAGGCCUCAGGUGGACUUGCUUCUGAAAAACUCUCUAUGUGCUCUUCCUUGCAUGUGUCAGAGUGAAAUAAAAGGGUGCAGUUGUCCA